UUCUCCUCCACCAGGUCUUCCACCCACCGAUUAAACUGAGAAAACAAAACAUACCUGGGCUCCCUCAGAUCAGAUGUUGAUGAAGCCGAUUAACUGAGAGAGAAAGAAAGAGGGGGAAAGAGAGAGAGAGAGUGAGAGAUCGAGAGAGGGAGAGAGAGAGAGACUGAGAGACCGGGAGAAAGGGUCGGCGGUGGCUCAACUUCACCGCUUCAGGAGGCAGCUCCGGCCAAGUACAGCUUUGGAUAAAAACCAGAGAAGUCAGAGAGUGUAAGCAAGGAAGAGAGAGAACGACAGCGACGGAGAACGCAGAGAGAGGUGAAUGGAGAGGUGAAUGGCUUUUAUCCGGCGAUGUCAAUACUCUAGCCGUUGCUUCUCUUUCUCCGGUGUCAGUAGCAAUAGCAGUAGCCUUCCAAAAGCCAAAGCCACUGCCACUACCACCACCACCACCACCACUGCCUUCAAUUCAAAUUCAAAUUCAAUCCCAACUCUCCUCAGGUCUUGCAAGACCUCUCUCCACCUCCACCAACUUCACGCCCACAUCAUCCGUAAAGGCCUCGAGCAAGACCACUUUCUCAUCACCCUUUUCAUCUCCCUCUCCCUCUCCACUCUUUCCUAUUCCACUUCCCUCUUCAACCGCGUUCAAAGACCCAGUACGUUCCUCUGGAACUCUCUCAUUAGAGCUUAUUCUCAAAACUCUAAUUUCAUGCACAUUGUUUCACUCUUCGUUCGCAUGAAGAGAGAGGGUGGUGUGCCUGACAGCUACACCUACCCGUCGAUCAUUAAAACGUGUUCCACCCAGUGUGAGGUUAGCUUAGGGAGUGCCUUUCAUGGGUCGGCAUUGAGGUGCGGGGUUGAAGGGGAUCUCUUUGUUAACACUAGUUUGAUUGACUUCUAUGGGAAAUGUAAACAUAUUUUUAGUGCUCGUAAGCUGUUCGAUGAUAUGUCUGACAGAAAUGUGGUUUCAUGGACGGCUAUGGUUGUUGGGUAUAUAACUGUUGGGGAUUUAGAAGAGGCAAAGAGGUUGUUCAAUGAAAUGCCACAAAGGAAUGUGGCAUCCUGGAAUGCUAUCAUUUGUGGCCUCGUGAAACUGGGUGACUUGAAGGGUGCGAGGAGGAUGUUUGAUGAAAUGCCUGAGAGGAAUGUGGUUUCGUAUACUACCAUGAUUGAUGGGUAUGCAAAGGCAGGUGAUAUGGCGUCUGCAAGGUUUUUGUUUGAGCAGGUGCCUCAAAGGGAUAUUUUUGUGUGGUCUGCAUUGAUAUCGGGUUAUGCUCAAAGUGGUCAGCCUAACGAAGCGUUGAAAGUUUUCCUUGAAAUGGAUUCAAGGGAUGUAAAGCCUGAUGAGUUUGUUAUGGUGAGCUUGAUGUCUGCUUGUUCUCAAAUUGGUAAUUUGGAAUUGGCUAAAUGGGUUGAUUCUUAUGUGAGCCGAAGCACAAUGGAUAUUCAACAACCUCAUGUAGCUGCGGCUCUUGUUGACAUGAAUGCCAAGUGUGGAAACAUGGAGCGAGCAACGAAGUUGUUUGAAGAGAUGCCCAAAAAGGACCUAAUCUCUUAUUGUUCCAUGAUACAAGGGUUGUCGUAUCAUGGGCAUGGGAAGAAAGCUGUUGACCUUUUCAAUAAGAUGCUAAAUGAAGGGCUGGUUCCAGAUGAGGUGGCCUUCACCGUCAUCUUGUCAGCAUGUAGUCAUGCUGGAUUUGUUGAAGAGGGUUGGCACUAUUUUGAAAUGAUGAGAUAUGAAUACUCUUUAGUUCCUUCUCCUGAUCAUUAUGCUUGUAUGGUUGAUCUUCUUAGCAGGGUAGGGAGAUUGAAAGCAGCUUAUGAGCUUCUAAACUCAAUGCCUGUGGAGCCACAUUCUGGUGCUUGGGGUGCACUUCUUGGGGCCUGUAAGCUGCAUUGCAAUAUUGAAUUAGGGGAGGUUAUUGCUGCUCGCCUUCUUGAGCUUGAGCCACAUAAUGCUGGUAAUUAUGUGUCUUUGUCCAACAUCUAUGCAGCAGCAGAUCGGUGGUCAGAUGUUUCUCUUGUGAGGGAGAAGAUGAAGGAAAGAGGAGUUAGGAAAAUAACUGGUCAUAGUUGCAUUAAUUCAUGAGAAUGAGUUUCAUCAUAUGACUGAAUCACAAUUCCUCAAUACCAUGAUCUUGAGGCUGCCACAUCGGUGAAGUGCUGAUCCUAUUGGAAGAGCCUUUCCAUCAAUUAAAUGAAGAAAAAAGAAGUGCAAGGGCUGAUCGAUUUCACAGUCUUGUUAUCCCAACAACAAAGAAUUGCAGCAGCAGUUUUCUGCCAGAAAAAUACUGAAAUCCUCCUCUCCCAUGGUCACUGGGAGAAGUUGCAGUGUAAACAUCUUUUAUAUACAUAUUUUUUAAAGAAAUGAUGACAUGCCACACUAAUGUAGCUUAAAAGAAGGGUAGCAACAGUAAAUGUUACGUUUCAAUUUUUGUAUACACACACACAUGUAUAUAAUGUUUGAUGUCAUUUUUUGUUAAUUCCUUAGUUGACAUGUCAUCUUUUACUACUUCUACUAAUCAUAUUAUUAUUAUUUUUGUAUUCCUUUACAUUCUUUUGUUCACAUAAUUUGAAUUAACAAACUCUUUUUACUUGGAACAUUAGUCUUCUUUGUGCAUGUAUGCAUAUGUAUUUUUGAUGCCUUUCCCAUUCCAAAAGAGAUAAAUACCAUUUUUAGUUCUACCAAAAUAUAAAAAAUCUGUACUUUUAGCCUUUUAGGAUGUGUGUGAGGAUUAUAGUUACCUGUACAUGCUCAACAACAUAAUCCUUGAAAUCCCUGGUAAAAAGACUCAGUCUAGUUCAAUAAUUAGCAUUCACAGCAUAAAAAUCAGAGACCGCCAUCAAUAUGUAGCUCUCUGCCACUUCUCCCUCUGUGGAGUUCAAAUCAAGAACUCUUAUAACAUCAUCUGCCAUUGACUGUUUAUAACACCCAAGGGAAGGCUGAGCAAGAGAAGAAUGAUGAAAGAGAACUGUAAAACUAUGCAAAUUGUCAUAAAAGCAUUUACUUUGCCGAAUUUAGGUUUAGGGGUAAUAGAACAAAACAUCUCCUGGUUAGUAUGACACUAAGACCACCCAAGUCAAUUUACGCUGAUCCUCGAAUCCUAAAUCUCUAAUUCGAUUCUAAUUUGAACAUAUUUGGUUAAGAUAAUUUCCCAAUCAAACGCGUUCAGAUAGGUUCUGAUUUUGCUAAAUUGGAAUUAGCAAUUUCCUUAACAGUUAGAACUUGAUAGGCGAAUUUGUGUUAGUGAGGGCGUAAGCAGAGAGCUUCACACCUCAUAUUGCUCUUUGGCCCAAAAAGACAAAAAAAUCCGCAUGCAUUUACUCAUAUCUUAAAAAUUCCUAUUUAAUCACACCGUUGAUUGUCUCUGUCUUCUCUUCUGCUUAUAGUCAUAGAUUCCAAUGGCUUUGCAGACCAGUGAAGGAGCCUCAUCUUCUUCUUCCACUCCCUAUUGGAAAUAUGAUGUCUUCCUAAGCCGUAGAGGUGAAGAUACCGGCCAUUCUUUUACAAACCAUUUAUAUUAGGCUUUGUCCAACAUUCAAAGAUGAUGCUGAGCUUGAAAGGGGAGAAGAAAUUUCACCCAUACUUCUCGGAGCCAUUGAAUCGUCAAGGUCUUCAAUUGUUGUAUUCUCUGAAAACUAUGCAAAUUCCACUUGGUGCUUGGAUGAACUUGUCGAGUGUCUUAAGAAAGGUCAGAAGGUUCUACCUGUCUUUUACAAAGUGGAUCCAUCAGAGGUAUGUAAACAAUCAGGGAAGUAUGGGUUAGCACUGGCUGAGCAUGAAAGAAACUUCAAGGAAAAGGUUCGGAAGUGGAGGGCAGCUCUAGUUGAAGUUGCAAAUUUGUUUGGAUUGACUUACAAAAUUGGGGGAUCCCAUUAGAAAAUUUGAAAUAUAUUAAGUGUGGAUCCUGUUAAUCCAUUAUGGAAUUUCCUGCCUUGUGCACCCCAAACUUAGAGGUAUUGGACCUUUCUAAGUGUAAAAAUUUAGUUGUGGUUGAUGAAUUGGUUGGAUCUCUUGAUAAGCUUGAAAUCUAGAUCCUCGAAGGUUGUGAAAAGCUUCAAACUCUUCCAAGAAGCCUUAUGCUAAGAUCUCUUCAAUAUUUUGAUCUCCGUGAUUGCUUAAUGCUCGAGAAGUUUCCCAGUAUUUUGCCAGGAAUGGAAAGUUUACGAACACUAUUAUUGUCAAGGACUGGUAUUAAAGGGUUGCCUUCAUCAAUUGGGUAUCUCACUAGGCUUGAGAAGUUAGACCUAAGUUAUUGUCAAAGCAUUAUGGAUCUUCCGGAUAGCAUCUAUAAAUUGCAACAUCUUAGUGUUUUAGAGAUUUCCCAUUGUACCAAAUUGAAGAUUGGUAGAAGUCUGACAUACCAUUCUUUUGGUAGCUUGUCUGAAUAUGGGUUUCUAAAGUUGGAAUAUCUGAAUCUCAACAACUGUGAAAAUCUAACUGAGUUAGAUCUUUUAAUGAUGCCUGAUUACUUUCCUGAAUUGAAAUAUCUAUAUCUAGAUGGAACCAAUAUUCGUAUGAUCCCUGAAAGCAUUAGUAGAUUUGCUAGAUUAAGAAGACUUGGAAUAAAAAAUUGCAUGCAACUUCGUAAAAUUCCAAGGCUUCCACAAUCCAUAAGAAUAGUGUGUGCAAUGAACUGUAAAUCCCUGAAUUCAGUCACUAAGCUGCUCAUUAAGCCAGGUCUCUCUCUCUCUCUCUCUUAAAGUUAUAAAUAAAAAAUUUCAUUACCUAAAUCAAAUUCAUUACGAUGCUACAUUGCAGUUUCUUCUAUUUGCUAAUUGUAAGCAGGCUCAAGAAAUUCUAGGGAUUUCACCAGUAAAAUUUUUCAAGGUGCAAGAAGCGACAUAUCAGUUGAUCCACAGUCAUCAAACCGAUUAUUACAUAGGUUUGUUCUCUCUUCCCUACUCUUUGAUGAGUUUGCAUCUGAAGCUAAACGCUCUAUAUCUGAAGAUGAGGACAUUGAUUGUAAAUUUAUUCUACCUAGAAUUGAUAUUCCAAAGUGGUUCAACCAUCACAGUGUUGGACAUUCCAUAUCAUUUUGGGUUGGUCCAAGAUUUCCAAAAUUUGCUUUCUGUAUUGCUUUUGGACCGGAGGCAUAGAGAGGUGGAUUUGUUUGUCAAGUUUACCUUAAAAUCAAUGGCUGCAAAAUAAGCAUCAAUGUUUUUCCUCACAAAGAAGUUUGUGAUCAUCUGUGGCUAUUUUCGAAAUCUCAUCGGGAAUUGCAAAAGCAAUUGAAUGACUCAAAUCCAUCUAAACUGAAUCACGUUGAGGUUGUGUGUAAUUUAGAUUCUCCUGAUGGAGGUGAAAGUCUUCCGACGUUCAUAAAAGGGUGUGGGGUCCAUGUAAAAUGCACUUGUCAUCAUUAAACCUUUGAUUUCUUCAAUGCCAAUAAUGAAAAUGUUGAUGAUGACUUAAGACAGGAACAAUGUUGUGUGGUGUGGAACUUCUUAAAUGUUUCAGAGAGAGAAAAUAUGCCACCUCAUGAACUAGAAAUGCAACACCACCACUCCACCAACUUAGGUUUGGGCUGGCCAGAUCUGGGAUCUGACUCAAUAGUCAGUAGUGGGUUUGAUUUGGGUUUGUCUUCAAUGACCUAUACGUUUUCAACUGCUGACUCCAACUUCAAUCAAUUGAAGAAAAUGAGAAAAUUUUAUCGAAAUUUGAAGAAAUAUGCUUCCAUUUAAAAUUAGCUUGAAAGUAUUUUCUUUGUCGUUUCUAUAUGAUUUUCUUGUAUUGUUUAAUGACAAGGUACAUCUCUUUCUUUAGUUGCAUUGCUUCAUUUGCAUAUUUUAGCGCUUUCACUUUCCUUAUCCCUUUCUCUUUUUAAUUAAAUGCACACACUUCUUGAUCGAAUUAAGGUUUUUGUUUUUAUCCAUUAUUCCAUUGAUAGAGGUAUUAUUUAAUUUUGGCAUAAUAUGUAAAAUAGAAUUUUGGUCUAAAGGAGUUAGCACCGAUUUUUUUGAGAAGUACAAACUUGGGCUCCAAAUAUGUUUGGAGCCUUAGACUUCAAUUUCCAAUAGGAAGAUAACAUGUGUUUUGUUUUGGAUGGGGUUGUGGAAAUUGCAUCAGCUUGCCCAAUGCUUAUGGAUGUGGAUCUAGGCACCAUUGUGUUAGAUGAUGAUGAGUGAUGUGCUGCUUUUUGCUUGAAGUUGGGGAGUUGGAGUUAGUAAUUAGUAUUAUGCUAGUAUACUUGAUAUUAACAUGUGUUUAUCCUAAUUAUAAAUGUUUUCUUGUUAUUAACACAUGUUUCUUUUCUUUUGUCCACUGAGGAUAGUUUUGAAGUAAAGGUAGCUAAUGGAUCAAUCUUGAGAACACAAGGGUCUUGUCAUGCAGUUUCCUUGAAGAUACAGGGUAAUUAGUUCAAGAUGGACUUAAAUGUGUUGGCCUUGGGAGGCUGUGAUGUUGGGUACAUGUUAAUAUUAUGGUCCUUUCCAGAUUCUUCAGAGGAUUGGCCAGGUGGCCUACUAGCUUGCCUUACCCGAUGAUUGCUCAAUUCACCUAGUUUUCCGUAUUUCCUACUUGAAGCUAAAAUUGGGUGAUAAAGUGAUUUCUAUUCCUACCUUACCUCUUGUUGAUGCUGAGGGUUUGUUUAACCCUGAGCCUAUUGCUAUUCUUCAGACUAGGUCCAAACAAUUGAGAACUAGGACCAUCACUGAGGUCCUUCUUCAAUGGCAUGGUCAGUCUGUAGAUGCUGCUAGUUGGGAAUCGCUGUAUGCACUUCAACACCAAUUUCCCCACCUUGUGGGCAAGGUCCUUUGAUGGGGUGGGGAGAAGCUAAUUGAAGAGUUUUGGUAAUGUAACUGAUUCAUGGAUUGUGCAGUUGGACAGCAGUAAGCAGCAGUUAAAUGUACAGCAGUACAGGUGCAGAAGUGAAGGUGCAAUGUGCAGCAGUGUAAAUGUACAGCAACGUAAGGUGCAGCAGUGAAGUGAAGCAGUGUAAGGUGCAGCAGUGAAGUGAAAUUGAAUUUUGACCUUUGGGACAACGUCUCUCUUAAGGGGAAGGGAAUGGUAGGAGUUAUGGUUAUAGUUGUCACUGUCAGUUGGAAGUUGGUUAGUUAGUGAUGAGCUGGCUUGUCUUUUAGUUAGUUAGCUAUAACUGUAGAUAAGAAGAAUCAAUUAGUUAAACAUAGCAUCAUAACUGUAACUUAAUUGUGAGUAGUAUAAGAAGAAUUAUGUAUUCAUUGUAACGAUUCAUUUAGAAAGUUAAGCAAACACACUUCCUUAUUCAUUC